AGGAAAACACAAGUAAUAGAUACAUUGAAAGGAAAUUUGAAGUUAAAAAUACUAAUACUGGUGCUAAGCAAAGUGUAACACAGUUUCAGGUAACAAACUGGGAUUCAACUGGAGAAGUGAAGAAUCCUCAGACUAUUUUAAUGAUAAUGGAAGAAAUGUACAGAACACAAAGGAAGAGAGGAAACACAAGCAUUGUAGUACACUGCAGUGAUACAGUUGGUCGUUCAGCAAUGUUUUGUGCAGCUGCUACAACAAUUAAUAAAUGUAAAACUGAAGGAGUCAUUGAUGUAUUUCAAGUACUCAAAAGUCAACGUAUUCAAAAACCAGGCAGUGUACAGACUGUUCAACAAUAUCAAGGGAUAUUUCAGAUUGUGCUGACCUACUUGGAUUCAUUUGAGACUUAUUCAAAUUUCACUACUUAGAAGUACUUUUUGUGUGUUCAGGAGCCCAUUAAAGGGAGGGUUGA